AUGCCCGCGUUCAUGGUGUCCGCGCCAGGCAAGGUCAUUGUGUACGGCGAGCAUGCAGUCGUCCACGGCAAGGCCGCCAUCGCCGCAGCCAUCUCCCUCCGCUCCUACCUCCUCGUGACCUUCCUCUCUAAAUCUCGGCGCACAGUAUCCCUGCGCUUCCCCGAUAUCAGUCUCGACCACACCUGGAACAUUGACGCACUCCCCUGGUCCGCAUUCUCGCAGCCCUCAAAGAAGAAGUACUACUACGACCUCGUCACAUCCCUCGAUCCCGACCUCCUUGCUGCUCUCGAACCUCACGUCUCCACCAUAUCAGCCAAGGCGCCCGAACACGUACGCAAGAUACACCAAGCCUCCGCGACAGCCUUCCUCUACCUCUUCCUCUCCCUCGGCUCCCAGAAAUCUGCCGCGUGCGUCUACACCCUCCGCUCCACCAUCCCCAUCGGCGCGGGCCUCGGCUCCAGCGCCUCCAUAGCUGUAUGCCUCUCCGCCGCUCUGCUCCUCCAGAUCCGCGCCCUCAGCGGCCCGCACCCCGACCAGCCCUCGCAGGAAUGCGAACUGCAGAUCGAGCGCAUAAACCGAUGGGCAUUCGUUGGCGAGCUCUGCAUCCACGGCAACCCCUCUGGCGUAGACAACACCGUUUCUUCCGGCGGCAAAGCCGUGCUGUUUAAGCGAACCGACUACAAAAAGCCGCCAAGCGUGCGCCCGCUCCAUGACUUCCCGGAGCUGCCGCUCCUGCUCAUCAACACGCGCCAGAGCCGAAGCACAAGCGUUGAGGUCGCAAAGGUUGCGCGGCUGAAGGAAACACAUCCUGAGACAACAAACCUCCUGCUCGACGCCAUUGACCGCGUUACGGAGAGUGCGCACAGCCUCAUCAGCGAGGAGGGCUUCGAUCCGGACGACCCGGAAAAUCUAAGGUAUUUGGGGGAGCUGAUAACAAUCAAUCACGGCUUGCUGGUGUCACUAGGCGUGUCCCAUCCGAAGCUAGAGCGCAUACGCGCGCUGAUUGAUCAUGCGGGCAUCGGGUGGACGAAACUUACGGGUGCUGGGGGUGGCGGGUGCGCCAUUACCAUCCUUAAACCGGAGAUAACCGCCAACGAAGCGAACGGUUCCAUAGAUGGCGCUCCAUCCAGUAAAGCGGAGCUUCUACGCGACCUAGAAAAGAAGCUCGAAGCGGAAGGGUUCGAGAAGUUCGAAACGACGCUUGCGGGCGAUGGCGUGGGCGUGCUGUGGCCCGCUGUGCUACAGAAUGCGUCGGGCGAGGAGGGCGGUGAAGAGAUUGAUCAGGAGAAGUUUUUGAGGGCGGAGGGGAAUGCGGGGAUUGAGGCGCUGGUCGGUGUGGGGACAGGAGUCACGGAGGGUGGCGAAGGUGAGGGGGGUGUUAGGGAAGGGUGGAGGUUUUGGAGACCGUGGGAGGGUAGGUGA